GUUGCUGCUGAAGUCUGAUUGAUACACGACAGAAAUUUAUCAUGGGACAGAGUACUUCACGAGUACAACCGUUUACGGAGAGCGAGCAGGUCUACGACCUCCCUCACAGUAAACCCCCAAAAUCCAGCCCCGACACGGCAGAGAAACAUCAUCCUCAUCGGCCUGAAGAGAAGACUGUUGAUGAAGGGGAGGGAACUGUUCUUCCCACCUCUCCUCUGAAAGAGAAAAAGAAGAGCAAUAAAAAGAAAGUGGGCCACUUCUUUAAAUGGUUCUCUUCCCGUUUGAGGAAAAAAAUCACCAAAAGCAAGAUCUCAGGUCAGGAUGAGAUGAAAGACCAAGGUACUGAGACAGAAACAUCCGGGAGAACCGACGAUCAGAAGCCUCAACAGCCCAUCUGCAGAUCUGUAGAGGUCACUGAUCUCGAGGAACCUCACACCAGUGUUCUUCAAGUCCCUCCUGCUGCUGAGCCUCUGGUGCAGAAAGAUCUCCAAACUCAAGACCACGAUGCUCCAGUCAGUGUGAGAGCAGGUGAAGUGUCUCCUCUGAUGAUAGAGUUGGACAGCAAUGAAGUGGACACGAGACCUGAAGACAACAUUUGCCGCCGAUAUGCAAUUGGCAGCAAGCUGGGUCAAGGUGGAUUUGGCGCCGUCUAUAAUGCGACUCGUUUAGAGGAUAGACUUAAGGUGGCUGUGAAAUUCGUCAAAAAGACAAAACACACAGAAUAUAUCAGCAUUCCUGAUCAUCCCAAGCCCCUUCCCAAAGAAGUCGCCCUGACAAUUCUGGCCAAUAAAGACCCAGUGAUGGAUAUUAUUAGGCUGCUGGACUGGCAGGACCAGCAGAACUUCUACGUCAUUGUCGUCCAGCGCUUCUCACACUGCAUGGAUGUUUUACGCUUUGUGCAACGCAAUGGAGGCAGCAUCGAUGAGAAGUUAGCGAAGCUCAUCAUGUUUGGGGCAACACUAGCCGCCAGUGCAUGUUGUAGACGUGGAGUUUACCAUGGGGACAUCAAGUUGGAGAACCUGCUGAUAAACUUGGAGAACCUCCAAAUCAAACUAAUUGACUUUGGAUGUGGCAGUGUCCUGACAGAAUCUGCCUACACAAGCUUCAGUGGAACAGUUAUGUACUGCCCUCCCGAGUACAUACUGAAGGGGGAGUUCCAUGGAAAGCCAGCGACGGUCUGGUCUUUAGGGAUCCUCUUGUUCAGAAUGCUGUGUGGACACUUUCCAGAUAGUUACGACUUCUACAGGACCAACUUGAACACCUGGUCCAAACCUGGCUUGACAGAAGAAUGCUGCUAUUUGAUCUGCUCCCUUCUGCAGCAAAAGCCAGAACGUCGGAUUGAUCUGGACAGGAUUGUUUACCAUGACUGGUUUUAGGUAGCAGUAAAAUUUGUCAAAAAGUCAAAACAAGUGGAAAGUAUCAGUAUUUCUAAAGAGCCCAAGGCCCUUCCCCAAAACGUCGACCUAUCAAUCCAGUGAUGGACAUUAUUAAGCUGCUGGACUGGAAGGACCUUCAGGACGUCUACAGUUCGUCAGUCGUCCAGCGUUUAUCACACUGUAUGGAUGCGUUCCACUUUGUGUAACACAAACAGAGGCAGCAUUGAGCAUCCUCUUGUUCAGAAUGCUGUGUGGAUAUAUUCUAGAUAGUUUCAGCAUCUACAGGACCAACAUGAACACCUGGUCCAAACCUGGCUUGACAGAAGCGGAGUUCUUCUCCACAAGUACAAUUCUACUACAAAACUUUAUAGGAUUAACUGGAGAUGGCAUAUGGAUAAUGCAGCAAUUUAUCCUGUUUUACUGACCUAAAGAGCUUUCAGCUUGGAAUAGAGCGAAUGUAGUUUACAGUAAUAAUCAGACGUCUCUUCCAUCUUUCUGCACAGAAUGCUGCCAUUUGAUCUGCUCCUUUCUGCAGCAAAAGCCAGAACGUCAGCUUGAUCUGGACAGGAUUAUUCACCAUGACUGGUUUUAGGUACUGCGCCUAAGAUGAGCUAAAAACAAUUAAAAACAGCAUCUGUUCUAAUAAUGAAUUUAACAAUAAAGCUAAUUUCUGUGUUUUGUUCCAGGUGCAAGACCGAUCACUGUCACUCUGAAAGUGUCAUCUGUGGAGAUGUUUCGUCUUCGUCCAUCCACUUUAACAUCUUACAGGGCCAGCAAGCUCUGGUAGCAUUUGUGCCUUUGGCUUGAGGCAGCAAUAUUAACAACUGGAGAUGUUGCUUGCUGAAGGAUGUGAAAAUGUAUGUAUUUUUGUAAAUAAACUAAAAAAAAUGUUAUUACUGCUUCUGAAAGGCAAAGAAUUCUACUUUUUAGUAAAAAAAAUUUAAGUUCACUCACUUAACUUAAACUUCUAUAUUUUACAUUUUAUAUUCACAGAAUGAAACCGUGGACAUUAAGUCUUUGCAGACAAAAUGCAAUUAAAUUCAAAAAUAACUUUUCUGUAUCACUAGAUCAAAGAUGCUGUCAGAAGACCAAGAGAAUGAUUUUAUUUCCAAAAUGUUAAUGUGAUUGAUGAUAGUGGUCAGAAAAACAAAA